AGACUUCCUUCUGGUUCGUAUAUAAGUAAGUCGAGUCUUAUGAUAAAUUGUUUUAAAUUUGGCUUAUAAAUUUUUGAUGAUUGCAUCGUAUUGUUAGGUAUUUUAUACUUAUCCGGCUCAGUCACACAACUCUACGAUGUUAUCCAAGCUAUACGUUUUAAUGUUCAGGAAUCUUGAUUAUAGACACGCCACUAAAAUAAAAGCCUCUUUACAUUGUAAAAACAACCGCUUUGUAUCUUAUAAAUGCCCUUUUCAUAGUAUAGAUUCUUCCAACUCAAAGAACACUAACAAUGACGAAUCAAUACUUAAUACCACAAGUAAAGAUGGCGAAUCCAAAGGCACCCCAAAGGAAACCUACAGUAAUAAGAAAGCUGUACAAAAUACGGGUGUAAGUACAACAAGUGAAUUCUAUUUUGACCCUGAUGUGGAAAAUUUAUCUACAGAGCAACAAAAAUAUAAACAAGAACUAAUAAAGGAAUUAACCCGGAAGCUAUCAGGGCCAUUGGCUGAUGAAAACGGUGUUCUUCCUAUCGGUGAUAAACGUCCUAUAGCAAUAGAGGUGGAUGGCCCAUCACACUUUUAUUCGAACAGCACAAAAUAUACAGCAUACACAAAGCUUAAACACAGAAUUUUGACAAGAAUGGGCUACAAAGUGUUACACGUACCAUUCUUUGAGUGGCGCCGUCUAAGAGGUGCCAAAGAAAGAGAAGAGUAUAUGAGAGCAAAACUUAAAGAGGAGCCUACUGAAUGGCUUGAUCCUGAUGACGAAAAAUUAUAUAACCGAAGAAUAGAAGCCCUGAAGGAAGAACAUAAUGCCAUAGACGCACUUAAGACCACAGAUAAUGCAUAAACAUUGAAUC